AUGGACGGCUCCCUUGCACCACGAGCCCCCCGCGAUGGCAUCCAAGAUCGAGGAAUGCAGCUCUUUGCGAUCCAGUUCGGCUUCCUGCUCGCGGCCGUUUUCUUCGUCCUGGCACGAGCUUAUGUCAAAACCUGCAUCGUCAAGAGUCUGACUGUAGACGACUGGCUGAUCUUUGGGGCUAUGCUUGGUUACACAACAUACGGGGGGUUGGUACUCCACGGGGUGACGCACGGCGCCACCGGGAAGCACCUCACAGAAGUCACAGUCGAUCAAGCGGCCAUCUCUCUAAGAGCCUGGUACAUCUGUGAAGUCUUGUAUUCCCCUAUCACGCUGGCGAUCCGGACCUCGAUUUGUCUCGUGCUCCUCCGUCUCACUUUCAUCAGAGUUCACCGCUUGGUCGUCUACACCAAUCUCGUCGUUGUCUGGGUCAUCUCGACAGCCUUUUGCUGCAUCGUGACCUUCCAAUGCAUGCCUCCGUCCUACUUCUGGAGACAGCUAUAUGGAGAAUCGGGGUCGUGUCACAACUUUAAUCUGGUCGCAGUCACCACCAUUACCCACAGCAUCAUCUUGGCUAUGUCAGACUGGUGUAUGGGUCUACUACCGAUUGUCCUAUUGUGGAAUAUUAACCUGAAUUGGCGCACCAAGGCAGUGGUCGCCACUCUUCUAGGCAUGGGCAUAGCUGCUGGCGUUGCUCUUAUAAUCCGCAUUCCAUAUGUUAGACGCUUCGACGUCUCAGCAGAUUUUCUUUACGAAUCAAUCGACAUCGCCAUCUGGAGUGUCAUGGAGCCCGCACUCGGUAUCAUUGCAGCUUCCGUCGCCAGCCUACGGCCUCUCUUCAAGAGCUGGAGAUCCGGGUUGAGCAGGAGGACCAAAGAAUCCCGUCCGCCGGGAAACGGCUGGAUUGGCGCGAGUAGCUACCGAGGAGCGAAUGAAUCAUCUUACCCCAGCGUCAACAGUGGCAAAUCCAAAAAUCUACACUCCAUAGUACGAACAUUCAGCGACAUUGACAGAGCCUUGGACAGCACUAGUCCCGAUGUGGAACUGAUCAAAACGACUAGGGAUGGCAAGCGAGAUGAGCACGGGACUGCGGGACAUCGAGGCAGCCUUUGA